ACCCUCUGGCUGCAUGUUGGUACAGCCCGUCUGGACACCUAGGCGUGAAAAGUGUCUCGUACGUGCUUCUUUUCAUGCGCUUUCAUCCAUUCACUCUUUCCCUUUGCUUUUUCAGCCAUUUUCACCCCUUGAAAAAAAUAAAAAAAUAAAUCUGCAAAUCUCACACUCAGCUACUGAUGGUUUCAACAAUAGGUUUAUAUCAACUACAGUGAAAUGAGCAUCAUUAUUCAAGGGAAAGGGCUGCAGCUGGCUCUACCAGCAGCUCUAAAUCUCAAAAUCAUCUGUUUAAAAAAAAUAGUAGUUUAACAAUGUAUUUUUGCACAUUUUAUGGUAGAAACCCUGAUGCAUUAUUCCUCGGUGAAAAGCAAACAGACUUCGGGGGUAUUGACUGAGGCUUCCUGACGUGAUUUGGAGACAGGAGGGUGAAAAGAGGCAAAAUGUGAAAAACAAACAUGUGCCACUUCUCCACAUUUUCUGAGAUGCGGUCAUCAACCUGAGACCAGUCUGAGGGAGAGGGACAAAGGAAGAGAACCAGAGGCACAAUCUGCUGCUGAUCAGGUAAGACAAGAUACAAGGUGAUCUGAAAUGUUUUAAGAUGUCAUUUACAUUUCUUCUUGCUGUUAUUAUAAUGUUCUGCACAUUUCUCUUACAGAGAUUGUUGAAAAUAAUUACUUCUCCACGUCAAGCCUUUUGCGUUCUGUCUCUCGGCUGCAGCAUGCACGCUGUGUCAGUGUCAGUGCUGCUCUGCUCUCUUCUGCUGAGCUUCCUGCCUCCUACAGAGGGGAGCGAGGCAGCCGGCGGCAAGGAGGAGAGGCAGAAGCGAAGCUUACCCUACUGGGGCAUGUGGUCGUCAGACUUUUACGGAUGGUUGGAGGAGUUACGUGCCCAGGCAGCGGAUAGCGGGAUACAGGACCUGGCUCGCACCUUUUGGGCUCACUUCCCCAUCAGCAACGGGCUGGGCUACGAUAGUCCUGAGUCUGACCCCCAGCUUGAGGAGUGAGGCAAAGGUGAUGCAGGAUGGAGAUUUUAAAGGCUUAGCGCAAACAGAAGUCAUCUUCAGUGUAUGUUAAUGUUCUCAAUACUAGUUGGGGGAAAGCCUUUCCCUUUGUAUGUAUAAACAUUUAUAUAAAACAUUUCUGUUUCAACUCCCCUGACCUUAUUAAAACCCAACAUGGUGCACC